CCGAACACAAACAGGAGCGAAGAGGAGAAAAAAGGAAAUAAAAACACUUUCAUUGCAAACAUGAAUAGACUAAUGGUAUUUGGAAUCAUCUGUGAAAAUAAAACAAAGGUUUCUCUUCUCUAUGCCACACACACGAUUUCCAUUAAUGGUUUUACGUCACACGUCAACAUCGAGGCUGAAUAUAUAAAUGAAAGCCAACACAAGACAGAAGCUAAGUUUGUUUUCCCUGUGGAAGAAGACAGUGCCGUAUAUAAAUUUGAAGCUAAAAUUGGUGAUGUCCAUUUAGUUGCAAAUCUAAAAAAAGAUGUUGCCAAAAAGGAAUACAAACAAGCUGUAGAUAAAGGUCAGUCUGCCAUUUUGUUGCGAGAGACAAGUACAUCUGGCGAUAUUUUUGAGUAUAGUUUAGGUAAUAUUCCAGCAAAUGAAAAGAUCCAUUUACAAAUAUGCCUUGUUUCUGAACUUUCUUGUGAAGUUGAUGGGGCAGUGAAAUUUCAUAUGCCAUUUGUGCUUAAUCCCAGAUAUGGUCUUAAACCUGCAGAUGAAAAUUAUCAAAAUGCACCUAAACCAAAAGAGUUUAGUUUCAAUGCCUCUGUCAACUGGAAUUCACAAAUCAAAGACAUCAAAUCAGAACAUCCAGUUAAGGUGGAAUAUCAGGAUAACAAGUGUCAUGCUACUGUGAGAAUGGCAAAGGAAUUCAAUUUUGAGAAAGACCUUCUUCUGCAAGUGUACUAUGAAGAUGUAGAAAAACCACAAGUAAUUUUAGAGAAAGGAGAUGAGAAUUCUAAAGGAAUGUUUUCUAAAGAUAUUAUGAUGAUAAAUGUGUUUCCAGAACUUCCGCAAGUAAAACAAUCUGCCGCUAAUGACUAUAUUUUUGUUAUUGAUCGCUCAGGAAGCAUGAGUGGAGAGAAAAUUGAAGCAGCAAAAGAUACUUUGCUACUUUUCUUAAAAAGUUUACCUUUGGGUUGCUCAUUUAAUGCUAUCAGCUUCAAUAAUGAUUUUGAAUUUCUGUUCAAAGAAGGAAGCCGAGAAUAUAGUGAAGAUUCUCUGAAUGAAGCAUUGAAAUUCCAGAAAAAUCUAUAUGCUUCGGGAGGGACAGAAAUUCUUAGUGCACUGAAAUCACUCUCUGACAAAAAACCAUUUCAAAAUUUCCAUCGACAAGUAUUCUUAAUAACUGAUGGUGAAGUCUACAACACAAACGAUGUCAUUCAAUUGGUCAAGUCACAAGUAAACAACACACGAUACUUCACAAUUGGUAUUGGUUCUGGAGCUUCUACAGAAUUGGUCAAAGGUAUUGCCCGCGCAGGGAAGGGACAAGCAGAGUUUGUGAUGACAAACGACAACCUUAAGGCAAAAGUUAUGCGUUUAUUAAAAUUGUCAAUGCAACCAUUUGUAUCUUCGGUUUGUCUCUCUGCUAAACAUGGUGAAAACAAUAAAGAAUUAUCCUUUAUUUCAGUUCCAGAAAGGCUGCCAUGUAUUUUCAGUGAAGAAAAAUUAAUCCUUUAUCUAGUUUUGCAUGAAGCUGAGACUAGUUGCAAAAAUGUGAAAUUGAAUCUUUGUGGUAAAAUUGGUGAAUCAGACUUUUCACUUGAUUUUGAAGCAAGUCUGUUGGGACAGAAUAAUAAGGAAAUGACAAUACACCGUCUUUGUGUGAAAAGGAAAAUACAGGAAUUGGAAUUAAAUGAAGAUUUGGGUAAAGGUGAUGAAAUAAAAUCAGAGAUUAUCGAUUUGGGUACAAUGGCUAAUUUAGUUUCAAAGUACACAAGUUUUGUUGGUUUGGAUGAACAUGUUCCAGAAUGCAUGCCAAUGAUGUGUUUAGCAUUACCGCAAACAUACAGUAAUUAUCGUGUAGCUGCUGAAGGAUUGGACGACAUUGAUGAUGUUGCUUUUUGUUGUGAUUCUUUUGGUGCUGAUUCUGUGGAUUCAAGUUGCAUACCUCCCCCGUUUACAGUACCAUGUGUGACUGACGAGGAAUCCUUUCUGUCUCCUGGGUCAACAAAUAAAGAUAUUUUAACAUGUUUGGUUGGUCUACAAGCUUUCUCUGGUUUCUGGAAUCUAGACGAUCAGUUGGCUCAAGCUCUCAAUAUUUCUCUUAAGGAUCUGAACAAAGAGAAUCCAUCUAUUAGUGAUAAAGUAUGGGCUACAGCUCUUGUUGUUGCUGUACUAAGAGAAAAAUUAGCUUCCCAGCAUUGUGAAUGGGAAUUAAUGGAAAAGAAAGCAAUUGUGUGGCUGGAAUCUCAGAAUAUACAACUAAUGAAUUCAGAGAAGUUACUAGAAAAAGCUACAAACUUCAUAAAAAACAAAAUGGUUGCCUAGCGAUUUCUGUUUAUUUCAUAUAUUAAAACUUUCACUACUGUAUAACUGAGAAAAAUACCUUAACAUUUUAACUUAUAUAUCAUUACUUUACUAAUUCCUCUAAAAUAUCUGUAAACAAAUAUAUUUCAUAUAUCUAUACAGCUAUAAAAUAUAAUAAAAUAUAAAGCCAUAAUCCUAUAUUGUUGUAUUUCGGAAUGGUCAUUUUGCCAGUUUAGCCAAUAAAAACA